AGCCACUCAAAACUAGUUAGCCAUGCGCAAUGUCGACUGCAUCGAUUAACGGUUGGUGCCUAACCUCUGUCUCUCCCUCCAAAUCUUCUCUUCAAAAAACUACAUUCCGCUCGUCGGUUGUCGCUCGCCUCUCCUCUUCCCCUUCCGGGUCUGUUCCUACGCUCAUUCGGAACGAACCUGUUUUUACUGCUCCUACUCCAAUCAUCAAUCCUUAUUUGAGAGAAGAGAUGGCAAAAGAAUCAUAUGAUGAGGCAAUCGAAGCUCUCAAGAAACUCCUAAGUGAGAAAGGGGAGCUGAAAGCCACAGCAGCUGCAAAAGUGGAGCAGAUAACAGCUGAGUUACAAACCGCUUCAUCGGACACCAAACCCUUCGACCCGGUUCAGAGGAUGAAAGACGGUUUCAUUCACUUCAAGAAGGAGAAAUACGACAAGAACCCUGAAUUGUAUGGCAAGCUUUCCAAAGGCCAGGAGCCCAAGUUUAUGGUGUUUGCCUGCUCUGAUUCGAGGGUUUGCCCAUCACAUAUCCUAGACUUUCAGCCCGGAGAGGCUUUUGUGGUCCGUAAUGUUGCUAACAAGGUUCCAGCAUACGAUCAGAUUAAGCACACAGGUGUUGGUUCUGCAGUUGAAUAUGCAGUUUUGCACCUCAAGGUUGAGUACAUUGUGGUUAUUGGACACAGUUGCUGUGGUGGAAUUAAGGGAUUAAUGUCAUUCGCAUUUGAUGGAAAUAAAUCCACGGACUUUAUUGAGGACUGGGUUGCCAAUGGAUUACCUGCCAAGCAAAAGGUUCUUGCAGACCAUGGCCAUUUGUCUUUUGAAGAACAAUGUGGACACUGUGAAAGGGAAGCAGUGAACGUAUCGCUUGCAAACUUGCUAACAUAUCCAUUUGUGAGAAACGCGGUGGCAAACAAAACCCUCGGAUUGAAGGGUGGCUACUACGAUUUCGUCAACGGAAAAUUUGAGCUGUGGGGGCUUGACUACACCUUCACUCCCACUUCCUCUGUAAGAGAUGUGGCCACUAUACUACAUUGGAAGCUCUAAGACAUUUGCAUAGAGAUCAUUUCUACUAUGACGAGCCGAAACUUAUUUAAUCAUGUUGAAUUAGAUAAGCGGGUUGUGUGUACCCUUUUAUGAUCAACAAUUACAAACUCUUACUAAGCUAUCUACUUUCUAAGUUCAUCUUCUUUAA